AAAAACAUGGUCCUUAAUAUUCUAGCAAUUCAAACUGUCUAUUCCCAGAUGGUGUUCCACACGCUGGUCCUGCUAGCGAGCGUGGCGCUGGUCACCUGUGAUGUGUCCCACUUGGAACUGGAGCGGAGCACCCCUGAGCCGCCACCGAAGCCGUACGUGUUCUCGUACACCGCCGGCCGCUACCCGGGACAUGCAGACCGCCACCACGCGGAAGUCAGUGAUGGCAGCGGCGUUGUCAGAGGUACAUUCUCAUACGUGGACCCUCGUCACAAGCUCCGUAAGGUAGACUACGUGGCUGACAAAGAAGGCUUCCAUCCGGUACUGAACGAGGCCCCUCCUGACCACCCGACCGAUUCAGAAGCAGUCGCCCGGGCAAAGGAUAAACACUACCAACUGUACGCUCAAAUCGCUCAGCAGCACCACGAGCACCCUUAUUCUGAUGAUGUAUCUGCACCUCAACAAUCUGCAGCAGUAGCUGCGGCCGCAGAGAAGCAUGCGCAACUGUUCAAGGUGAUCGCGGAACAACAUGCACGUAUCGCUGCCGAGAGGGAAGCACUGCAGCGGGAAGAAGAGGAGAAACAGCAAUUACAAGAAUUAGGCCACUGACAACCCCAAAGAGAUUAACAAAUAUAACAGCUAAUUGUCGCGUACACUGUUAAGUUAUAAAACUACUUAAUAUUAAACCUUAGUUAAAGCAAAGAGGAAAGCGAUUGUAAGUGAUUUUAACUGAAUCUAUUACUACAAGCUUUUAAAUUUUUAUCCG